AAGUUAAGAGACAAAAGUAAAAUAUGCUGAUUUUGGGUUGCGAAACCCCAUAUCCAAACGGGGAAGAAGAACAAGAAUCUUGUCCAUGAAAUGGUUGUUUCUACCGUGCCAUCUAUAACGGCAAACCUACACCACUUGUCAAAUCCACCUUCUAACUCCAAUGAUUCCCAUCUUCGUAGAACGCUAAUCUCACUCCUUAACGAGAACCGCAAGAACCUGAAACAUGUUCAAUCAAUACACGCUCAAGCCAUAAAAACCAGAACUUCACAAGACCCUUUUGUAGCCUUCGAACUUCUUCGCCUAUAUUGCAAGCUGAACACCAUCCACCACGCCACCAAGCUCUUCCGCUGCACCCAAAACCCAAACGUGUACCUUUACACUUCCCUCAUUGAUGGGUUUGUGUCCUUUGGCUCUUACAACGAUGCCAUCGACUUGUUUUGCCAAAUGGGUCAUAACCUUGUUAUGGCUGAUAGCUAUGCGGUCACUGCAGUGUUGAAAGCCUGCGUGCUCCAACGCGCUUUGGAAAGGGCCAGAGAGGUUCAUGGGCUUGUUUUGAAAUCUGGGUUGUGUUUGGAUCGGUCCAUAGCGUUGAAGCUGAUUGAGUUGUAUGGGAAAUGCGGGGUGUUGGAAGAUGCGUGGAAGGUGUUUGGUAAAAUGCCUGAACGAGAUGUCGUGGCGUGUACCGUUAUGAUGGGUUCGUUUUUUGAUUGUGGGAGGGUUGAGGAGGCGAUUGGGGUGUUCAAUGAGAUGAGGACGCGGGACACUGUGUGUUGGACGGCGGUGAUCGAUGGGUUGGUGAGGAAUGGGGAGUUCAAUAGGGGGUUGGAGAUGUUUAGGGAGAUGCAGGUGAAGGGUGUGGAGCCUAAUGAGGUUACCUUUGUUUGUGUGUUGUCUGCCUGUGCUCAGUUGGGAGCAUUGGAGCUCGGUCGAUGGAUUCGCGCUUACAUGCGCAAGUGUGGGGUUGAGGUUAACCGGUUUGUCGCCGGCGCGUUGAUCAACAUGUAUUCGAGGUGUGGUGACAUUGAUGAGGCACUAUCAUUGUUUGAUGGGGUGAGAAUGAAAGAUGUGUCUACUUAUAAUUCCAUGAUUGGGGGUUUGGCUUUGCAUGGGAAGAGCAUCGAGGCUGUUGAAUUGUUUAGGGAAAUGCUUGAGGAGAGGAUUAGGCCAAAUGGUAUAACAUUUGUUGGGGUUUUGAAUGCUUGUAGCCAUGGAGGGUUGGUGGAUCUGGGUUGUGAGAUAUUUCAUUCAAUGGAAACGGUUCAUGGGGUUGAACAAGAGGUGGAGCACUAUGGCUGCAUGGUUGACAUUCUUGGUAGGGUAGGUAGGCUUGAAGAGGCCUUUGACUUCAUUGGGAGGAUGGGAAUAGAAGCUGAUGAUAAAAUGCUUUGUUCUUUAUUAAGUGCUUGUAAAAUCCAUAGGAACAUAGAGAUAGGAGAAAAGGCUGCAAAACUUUUGAGCGAACAUUCUAGGAUAGAUUCUGGAUCCUUCAUCAUGCUGUCAAAUUUCUAUGCUUCUUUGGGAAGAUGGAAUUAUGCUGCAGAUGUUAGAGAAAAGAUGGAGAAGGGAGGAAUCAUAAAGGAACCAGGUUGUAGUUCUAUUGAAGUCAAUAAUGCAAUUCAUGAGUUCCUUUCAGGAGACCUUAGACACCCAGAGAGGAAAAGAAUCUACAAGAAGUUGGAGGAGUUAAACUAUUUGACAAAGUUGGAAGGUUAUUCACCAGCAACUGAAGUUGCUUUACAUGAUAUUGAUGAUAAAAAGAAGGAAUUGGCUUUGGCUGUACAUAGUGAGAGACUUGCUAUAUGCUAUGGAUUAAUCUCAAUUGAAGCUUACACGACUCUUAGAAUUGGGAAAAAUUUAAGGAUAUGUGAUGAUUGCCACGCAAUGAUCAAGCUCGUAGCAAAGAUUACUAGGCGGAAAAUUGUGGUUAGAGAUCGCAAUAGAUUCCACCAUUUUGAAAACGGAGAAUGUUCUUGUAAGGAUUACUGGUGAGUAAUAAACAGUUUUUGUAUAAAUUGAAAACAAAUGUUAGAGUUCAAUUGAUAAAAGAGAAAAAGACAAUAAGAAAUAUUGUUUUCUUCAA